UUGGAGCGCGGUCUAAGACGUGAAGCCGCGAUUUCAUAUUACUGAUAUGGCAACACUGUAGAGUGGUUACAGAUCAAAACUAAGAUGGACGUCAUCAGGGAAAGAAAAAUGAAUGAUUUUGAAAUUAAUUCGGUGAAUGAAAAAUGGAAAAAAGAAGACCAAAAAAUAGAAAAUGAUAAAAAAGAAAAUGUUCAAAGUACAAGUCAAGCAUUUUUAGUUCUUAUAUUUGUUUUUAUUACUUCAGUUUUUAGUCUUUUAAUGGUGUAUUACAGAUUUCCAGAAUUGGAAAGUGAUGAGAUUCAAUAUAUGAAAUUACCACAGAAUAUUGAUGAUGCUAAGAAUUUAGGAAAGGUUUUGUCACAUUACAAGGAUCGCUAUUUUUUUACAGUUCUAGGAGGAUAUUUUGUGAUGUAUAUUUUGUAUCCUUAAACUGUUAAAUUUAUAAAAAGUUA